AUGUACCAACCCAUGUCAGCGAUCGAGUCUCCUGCCUUCCCGGAUUUAUCUCUAACAUACGCCGCUUCCACAUUUCUCCCAGCCAAUACCGCCCGGGUGUCAAUUCGAGUGACAGAAAACGCUCAAGAUUCACCACCAACGCCUUCGCAUGCAGCGCACCACGCCCAUGGUGUCUUCCCGGGCCAAUCAGGUCACCCUGGAUUUGAUUGCGAGGGCCAGCGAUGA